GGGGAGGCGCCGCGAAGCAGGUGGCGCAGGCGAUGGAGCGGCCUGGGGCGCGCGGGGCGGCUGAUCGCCGACAUCAGGAUCGGAGCCGACCGGCUCCUCGAGGCGCUCUUCGUCGCCGCCUCCGACCAACCCCGCCACUCCGCCCGCACCGCCCGCCUCAUCACCGACGAGGAGGCCUCCAUGCGCCGCCACUUCCAGGACCUCCGGGCCCUCGGCAACUGGAAGAUUCUGGAGUUUUAAAUCCAUCACUGAAAUCUCGAGGUAAUUCUUGGGGUUUACACAUGCCCCUUGUUUGCCCAGAUGGCGCCGUUGUUGCUUAUGCUUGGAAACGUCAACUUGCCGGCCAAGCUGGUGCAUCUGCUGUUGACAGAACCAGGUUAGCUCUCAAAGCAUUCACUGACCAAAAAAGGCGGUUCUUCCCUCACCUAGAAGAUGACCUGCUCAACCACCACGGAGAGUCUGGCAUUGCCAAGAGACUCUGUAGCUCCCAGGUAUUGCCAAUGAGUAAAGAGCUUGUGGAAGGAAAAACAUUGGCUGAUAUUCUUAAGAAUUUGGAGCAUGAAGUACCCAAUAUCAGAAUCCUGACGUAUCAGCGCCGUGAUUGGUCGAAAAGAGCUUCCCUAUUGUCAUCUUCUGUUGAUGAGAACCAUGUGGAUCCAUCUAAAGAGCAAAACUUGCAUAAUUGGAAAAAGCUAAGAUCUGCUUCAGUUGAUCAAAUUGCUGUUAUUGAGUUGUUGAUGCCUUCUAUCUUCAGAGCUGUAGUGUCACUGCAUCUGGCAGGAUCUGUAAACCCUGAUGCUGUAGCAUUUUUCUCUCCGAAUGAGGGAGGCGAUUACAUUCAUUCAAGAGGCAUAUCGGUGCAUCAUGUAUUUAGGCUUGUCACGGAACAUGCUGAUAAGGCAUUGCAGUAUUAUCUUAGUGUGGAUCCUAAUAAUUCACUUCCUCUACUUUUGUGCUGGAUCUGCAGCUAUCAAACCUUAUUUGCAAAGGUUUGCAGUAAAUGCGGACGUCUUCUAAUGAUGGACAAGACGCUUGCUUUGCUUUUGCCACCUGUUCACCGUCCAUACUUUCUAACUUCAUCAGUUAAGGGCCAGAGUUCUGAUCUUACAAAAGCAUAUCAUAUCGGGUGCUCUUCUGAAGAAAUCUGAUACAUAUUUUGCCAAUUUGUCUGCUCAUAUUUCAACUAUUUUGUGGCCGAAUGGUUUCCAAGUUGUUGAGGUAGUAUACUUCAAACUAACUGCAGCUUCAGGGUCGAUUUCCGUGUUGGGGAUCUCGAUAGCUUUUUUCGACAGGUUAUCGAAAGAACGGUUGGACUAUAUUAGGCCAUUUAGCUCCCUUUCCACUUUUAUUUGAUGUGGUAUUAAUCUGCAUUCGGUCCGCACUGGCUCCACAACUGUCCAGGGGAUCUCUUUCUUGAAAGAGGUGAGAUAACGAAGAAGUGCGGACAUCUCAUCCAAUUAGAUAAGGAAUCUAGUGUUGUAUUAACUUAUCUGUAGCGACAAAAGUUCUUAGAGAAAUUUGCUAAUGAACAUAUUGGGGGAGGAAGUUUAUUUAGGUACUGUUUGUGGUAACUGAAUAGGAUCAUCUCAGGUCAUAAAGUUGGAAGAGAUUAAAUGUAAGUAUUGUGGUUGAGUAGCUCUGACAUUUUCGUUUAGUGAAAUAUUUUGUAUUAGUGGAUUACCAUGAUUAAUUGCGUGACAACUGCUGUGGCAUUUUGUGUUGAAAA